UUUGCGAAAUUGUCUGCCUCUUGUCCGUCAAAGCAACACUUGAGCAUUAUUACCAUUGGGUUCACGUUAAGAGCCAAGCCUGUUUAUCGACCACCGUUUAUUGAUUUCUGUUUCGUUGACCAUCGCUUGUUUUUGACCACGUCCUCGCCUACUGCUUUUGUACCUUUGCCUCGCUGUUUUGUUUCGACUUCCGCAUCGUUCUCGACUACGACCCUGCCUGCCGCCCGCCUGUACUUCUGCCCCGCUGACAGCUCUCCUGCUACCGGACCUCCCUGCACGUCUACUGACUAGGAGUUUGCCUCUUCCCUCGGCACCGUGUUUUCUGAUUGUUUAUUGUUUUAUUGGCUGGAUCUACGUGUAUGGACUUUGCUUGUUUUGACUACGCUCCUGGGAUUCGUCCCGAAUAAAGCCCUGACGGGACUUUAUUUCACUAUUGUUUCUGAGUUGUGCAUUUUGGGUCCAACCCCCACGCACCCGUCUCAACAUAUUAAGGGUGGUUGAAAAAAAAAAAAAAAAAAAAUGACAUUUUCGUUUGGAAUGGCUAAAAUGACAGCGGUGCCUCCCGCGACCUCGUUUGAAUCCGAAGAUGCCCCAUUGUUCAGUGUCAACAAAGAUGAAACGGAUGAGAAAAAAAAUGCAUUAACCCUACCAAGGCUGAACAUAGGACCCAAGGCAGAGCCAGCAAAAGCCAAAGCAGCCUACAAACCUGCAUUUGUGUUCGCAUCCAGAAAAGGUGAAGUGGACAAGAAGGAAAAGGUGGAGUGGGAAUUGUUGGAGUCUCCAUGGAGGAAGGUGGCCUUUUCAGCGGACAACAGGGAGGCUCUGGUUGAUUCUGUAAGCUCCUACAAGCCCAGCUGUGCUUCUGUAUCUGAGGCUCGGGUUCUGCUGCUCGGCCCGGUCGGGGCGGGCAAGUCUAGCUUCAUCAGCUCUGUUCAUUCUGCCUUCUCUGGGAGAGUCACCAACCGAGCCAUGGUUGGAACUUCUUCUACAAGCUUCACGCAAAAGGUAGAGCAGCAGAGCAAUGCUGGACAUCUCCGAUCCUACACCAUUCGGAGACGUGGAGAGAGUGGUGAUCAGCCAGUGGCCUUAACUCUGUGCGAUACCAUGGGCCUGGGGACGGCUGAUAUGACUGGCCCGUCCCUCCAUGAUGUUCUGUCUGUAAUCAAGGGUCACGCACCUGAGGGACACAAGUUCAGCCCUGAUCAGCCCUUGAGGACAGAGACGCUGGGCUAUGUGAAGAAGCCGUUGGCCAGUGAGAGGAUCCACUGUGUGGCCUUUGUGCUGGAUGCCACAAAAAUAGACUCCUAUGGCAAAGGCAUGGGCGGCACCUUCCAGCAGCUGAGAGAGCAUAUCAGUAACCUGAGUGUGCACCAGGUUGCACUGCUGACACACGUGGACCAGCUGUGCCCGGAAACCGCUUGUGACAUCACCAAGGUGUACCGGAGCCGGCUGGUGCAGAACACGAUGAAGAAGGCUGCAGCUCUGCUGGGCAUGUCCAUGUCCUACCUGGUGCCAGUGAAGAACUACUCCUGUGAGCUGGAUGUGGAGGGGGACACGGACGCCCUGCUCCUCAGUGCGGUCCAGCACCUUCUGCAGUACGUGGAGCUGCACUUCCAGGACCUCGCAGACCUCAGACUUGUGUAACGCACCUUUGCAGUGCAUUCUGGGAUGCCGUGCUCUGAACCGCACCAGUGGGUUGAGCUAAAACAUGGAAUUCAGGGCAAAAAGGUUUAAUAAAAAAAAUAAAAAAUAAUGUAAAAUGUUCAGUUGUUUACUCUUCAUAAAUCUUGUAAUAUGGUGUCAUAAUAUGGUAUAUAUAAAAAAUCAUAUUUAUAUAUUCAUAUAUAUAUUCAUAUAUAUUUAAUAUAUAUUCAUAUAUAAAAAAAUUGCAUCAAUAUACAGAAAACAAUGUUCUGGAUUAAUUACGGACUAUUUUUCAGUAAUAAAUGAAUAUUUCAA